AUGAAUUUCGGCAGCAGAGAAGAGGUAGCCUCAGAGCAGCGCGGCGGAACAACGCAAGCCUUUUGGGGCUGUGUAUCGCGGCGGCCAACCACGCGGCACCACCACGACCCACUGCUAAACAUCCAAGAACUUGCCCUCCAAACAACCACGUCGCAACACGAGACACGUCGACGCCACACCACUCUCGAGCCUCGUCUCAUGGUCGCCCUCGCCCGCCAAGUCGAGGCCUGCCAGGAAGACUCUGCCAUGGCGACCCCGAUGCUGCAGCAGGCAUGGCCCACAUUUGUCAAAAAGCAAGCAAUCGUCACUACGCCACAGCCGCCACACGAUGAUCUCGCCACACUUGAACAAGACAUGUCGACGAGAUUCGCCGGAUCGUCUUUGCUACUUCCCUUUCUCUUCACAGCAUCACCAUCAAGCACUCGCCACUCGGGCAUGAACAAACUAGAUUGA